AUGUCAUUUCCGGACGCAGAGCAGGCAUGUAAAGAGGAAGGGGCGACUCUAGCCAUGCCUAAAACGAAGGAAUUGGACCUCGCUCUAAGAAACCUGGUCGAAACGUCAGGAGGCAACUCCGGACAUUGGAUCGGGAUGAGGGUGAUCUGUACUGGCAUCUGGUUCGAUAGUUAUGAAUUAAAGUGGGUAGACGGUUCACCCCUGGGACAGUACAAGGGUUGGCACUCAGGUAAACCAGCUGACAUCAAAUAUCUAAGGAAAGGGGAUUCGCUAUGCGUCCAGUACCUGACCUCAGGAAGUGCCACCGAUCCAAUGUGGGACGACGCUGACUGUACAGAGAAAAGGCGCUACAUCUGCCAAUCCUCCCCAGCCUAA